GGGUUCGGCGCUAGAAGAUGAGCAGCCCGUGUCUGCUGAGGACCCCCAUCAGCCAGCCCCGCCUCAGGGAGGUCAGGAUCAGCCUGAAGUCCGACACCAGGGAAAACACGCCCAGGAUCCCGGAUGCCGGCAGUCGGGAUUACCCCGCCGCGGACAAGCAGAGCCCCGCGAGGCUCGGCGUGAGCGCCCCCCGCAGCAGGAGCACACCGCCGGUGCACCGCGCCGUCAGACAUGAGCCCAAGAAGCCCCCGCGGGGCGGCGGGAAGCGGCAAGAACAUCACCCGGAGAAGAACGGUGCUCUCCCGCAGCACGUGCCGCUCUCACCCGUCUCGUCGGUGUCGUCGACCACGCGCACACCUGGACGUCAGCGCCACCCAUCCCCCUCCUCGUCCACGUCCUCGUCCACGUCCACUUCCGCCCGGAGUAUGAAAAGAGCGCGCUGGCUGAGCAGCAGCGCCUCCAACAUUUACUUCAACUCCAUCCUGGAUGGACGCUUCAGGCAACUGCAAGACGAGCGAGAGGCGGUCCAGAAGAAGACCUUCACUAAAUGGGUCAACUCCAUCUUGUCCCGAGUCGGCUGUCGUAUUUCCGACCUGUACUUGGACCUGCGUGAUGGACGGAUGCUCAUCAGGUUGCUGGAGGUGCUGUCAGGAGAGCGACUGCCUAAACCCACCAAGGGGAGAAUGAGGAUCCACUGCCUGGAGAACGUGGACAAGGCCUUGCAGUUCCUCAAGGAGCAGAGAGUCCACUUGGAGAAUAUGGGCUCUCACGACAUCGUGGACGGAAACCAUCGCCUCAUCCUGGGCCUCAUCUGGACCAUCAUCCUCCGCUUCCAGAUCCAGGACAUCGUGGUGGAGACGGGCCAGGAGGACCAGAAGGAAACCCGCUCGGCCAAAGAUGCUCUUCUUCUGUGGUGUCAGAUGAAAACCGCAGGCUAUCCCAACGUCAACAUCACAAACUUCACCACCAGCUGGAAAGACGGCAUGGCCUUCAACGCUCUCAUACACAAACACCAACCGGAUCUGGUGGACUUCAACAGUCUGAAGAGGUCCAAUCCGACGCACAAUCUCCAGAAUGCCUUCAACGUGGCAGAGAAACAACUCGGCGUGACCAAGCUGUUGGACCCAGAAGAUGUGUUCACCGAGAACCCGGACGAGAAGUCCAUCAUCACGUACGUGGUGGCCUUCUACCAUUACUUCUCCAAGAUGAAGCAGCUGGCCGUGGAGGGCAAGAGGGUCGGAAAGGCCCUGGAUCACGCCAUCGAGACGGAGAAGAUGAUCGACAAGUACGAGACGUUAGCCUCGGACUUGCUGGCGUGGAUCGAGCAGACCAUCGGCGUGCUCAACAACCGCAAACUGGCUAACUCGCUGUCGGGCGUUCAGCAUCAGCUUCAAGCCUUCAACACGUACAGAACCGUGGAGAAGCCGCCCAAGUUUCAGGAGAAGGGCAACCUGGAGGUGCUGCUCUUCACCAUCCAGAGUCGGAUGAGGGCCAACAACCAGCGGGUCUUCACACCCAAAGAGGGCGCGCUGGUUGCCGACAUCAACAGGGCCUGGGAGCGACUGGAGUGGGCCGAGCACGAGCGAGAACGAGUCCUGAGGGACGAGUUGAUCCGUCAGGAGAAGCUGGAGCAGACGGCGAGGCGAUUUGACCGCAAGGCGGCCAUGAGGGAGACGUGGCUCCUGGAGAACCAGCGAUUAGUCGCUCAGGAUAACUUCGGCUACGACCUGUCGGCCGUGGAAGCGGCGAAGAAGAAGCACGACGCCAUCGAGACGGACAUCGCCGCCUACCAGGAGCGCGUUCAGGCUUUGGUGGACAUCUCCAAGGAGCUGGAGGCGGAGCGCUACCACGACGCCAAGCGGGUCGACGCACGCAAAGACAACGUCCUGCGCCUGUGGGACUACCUGCAGGAGCUGCUGACGGCCCGGCGGGGCCGCCUGGGCAAGAACCUGACCCUGCAGAGGAUCUUCCAGGAGAUGCUCUACAUCAUCAACUGGAUGGACGAGAUGAAGGCUCGUCUGAUGUCGCCGGACUUUGGGAAGCACUUACUGGAGGUGGAGGACCUUCUACAGAAACAUGCUCUGGUUGAGAACGACAUCGCCCUGCAGACAGAAAGAGUCCAAAACGCGAGUGCUGCUGCCCUCAAGUUCGCUAAUGGAGACAGUUACAAGCCGUGCGACCCUCAGGUGAUCAAGGACCGGGUGGCUCACUUGGAGCUCUGCUACCAGGAGUUGCGUUCCCUGGCGGCUCAGCGCCGAGCCCAGCUGGAGCAGUCCCGCCGCUUCUGGAACUUCCUGUGGGAGUCGGCGGAGCUGGAGAGCUGGAUCAAGGAGAAGGAGCACAUCUUCUUUUCCCUGGACUACGGCAAGGACCUGAGCAGCGUGCUGGCCCUCCAGAGCAAGCACGGCGCCUUCGAGGACGAGCUGGGAGCGCGGCGCUCUAACCUGCAGCGGGUGCUGGCCGACGGCAGGGAGAUGACGGAAGACAAGCACUUCGGCACGCCCAAAAUCCAAGAACGCACGGCCAGCGUGGAGAGGCAGUGGCAGCAGCUGGAGGAGCUGGCGGCCUUCCGGAAGCAGAACCUCCAGGACACCCGGAAGUUCUUCCAGUUUCAAGGAGACGCCGACGAACUGAAGGCCUGGCUGCUGGACGCCAAGAGGCAGAUGAGCAGCGAGGAUGUGGGCGACGACGAGUACACCACCCAGCGCCUCCUCAAGCGCCACCACGACCUGAGGAACCAAGCCAUGAAGAACGGAGCCACCAUCGACGCUCUCUCCAAACAGGCCAACGCUUUACCAGAGGAGCUCCUGAACACCCCGGACAUCCAGCGACGGCUGCAGGACAUCAAGGACCUCUUCAUGGAGCUCAUGUCUCUGGCCGACCUCCGGCAGAAGAAGCUGGAGGACGCCACGGCGCUCUACACCAUCUUCAGCGAGUCCGACGCCUGCGAGCUCUGGAUGGGCCAGAAGGAGACGUGGUUGGUGGACUUGGAGGUGCCGGACAAGCUGGAAGACCUGGAAGUCGUCCAAAACAGGUUGAGCAUUCUGGCGCAGGAAAUGUGCAACGUUGAGUCCAGGGUGGACGACGUCAACAAGGCGGUGAAGCAGCUGGAGGACAGCAGACACCCUCGGACCAAGGACGUCAGAGAAUGUCAGAGCCGACUCAACCAGAGGUGGGAGGCCUUCAAGGCGAUGGUGGAGGACAAGAAGAAGAAGGUGGACUCAGCAGGAAGUCUUCACAAUUACGGGCUGGAAUGUGACGAGACAGAAGCGUGGAUCCGAGACAAGACGCGCGUCAUCGAGUCCACGCAGGACUUGGGUAACGACCUGGCCGCCGUCAUGACCAUCCAGAGGAAGCUGUACGGCAUGGAGCGAGACCUGGCCGCCAUCGACUCCAAGCUCCGCCUCCUGAGGGACGACGCCGACCGGCUGGCCGAGGACCACCCGGAGAACGCGGAGGAAAUCUUGGCCCGCAGAGCCCAGCUGGACGCGGCCUGGGACGCGCUCAAGAAGACCCUGAAGGACCGAGAGGACUCUCUGGGCGAGGUCAGCAAGUUGCAGACCUUCCUCCAAGACCUGGACGACUUCCAGUCUUGGCUUUUCAGGACCCAGAAGGCGGUGGCGUCGGAGGAGACGCCCGCCUCGCUGCCGGAGGCCGAGGAGCAGCUGAGUCUUCACGACGCCGUGCGGGAGGACAUCGACAACCACGAGGAGGACUACCACCGCGUAAGGGACGCCGGCGCUCGGGUCACACGUGGCCAGGAGGACGACCCGCAGUAUCAGCAGCUGGAGCAGAUGCUGGGCAGCGUGGACCGAGGGUGGGACGAGCUCCAGAAGAUGUGGGACAGCCGCAAGAACUUCCUGGACCAGGGACUUGGCUUCCAGCAGUUCCUGAGGGACGCAAAGGCAGUGGAGGCCGUCCUCAACAACCAGGAGUACACGCUGGCCCACGUGGACACGCCUGACACGCUGGCCGGGGCCGAGCAGGCCCUGAAGAAGCAGGAGGACUUCAUGAGCACCAUGGACGCCAACCAGGACAAGAUCCUGGCCGUCCUGCAGGCAGGAAGCCGACUGCUGGACCACAACAAUUUGUACUCUGGGAAAGUGGAGGACAAGAUGGAUGCCAUUAAUGACAGACAGAAGAAGAACGCGGCGCGGGCGCAGGAAGUGUCGGAGAAGCUGCGAGACAACCGCCACCUGCAGCACUUCCUGCAGAACACGCAAGACCUGACCUUGUGGAUCAACGAGAAGAUGCUGACGGCCCGGGACACGUCGUACGAGGAGGCCAGGAACCUGCACAGCAAGUGGCUGAAACAUCAGGCCUUCAUGGCCGAGCUGGCCUCCAACAAGGACUGGCUGACCAACCUGGACCAGGAGGGUCACGAGCUGAUGACGUCCAAGCCUGAGUUGGAGCCCAUCGUGAGCGAGCGUCUGGCCGCUCUCCACGAUCUCUGGCGGAUGCUGGAGUCCACCACGCAGGAGAAGGCGCGCCUGCUCUUCGACGCCAACCGCUCGGAGCUUUUCGACCAGAGCCUGACCGACAUGAGGAAGUGGCUGGGCGAGUUGCAGCAGCAGCUUCACAGCGGCGACGACGCCGCCGCCGACGUCAAAGAUCUGACCAACGCUAACAUCCUGCUGAAGAAACAUCAGGUGAUGGAGAACCAGGUGAGAGAUCGAGCACGCGAGCUGGAGGAGCUCCAGGAAGCGGUGAAAAAGCACGGCGGCGCCCGUGAGGACCAACCCGAGCUGGAGGUGGAACAACAGUCGCUGCAGUUGGAGUUCCAGCAGCUGAUCGCUCCUUUAGCUCAGCGCAGAGACAAACUGGAGGCGGCCAAGGAGCUCCACCAGUUGCACAGGGACAUGGCUGAUGAACUCCUGUGGGUGGAAGAGAGAACGCCGCUCGCGCUGUCACAAGAUCACGGCCACGACCUGCAGACGGUGCAGAUGUUGCAGAAAAGGAACCAGACCUUGCAGAAGGAGAUCGAAGGCCAUCAGCCUCGCGUUGACGACGUGCUGGAGCGAGGACGCGGGAUGGUGUCGGCCGCCGGCGAGGAGGACGGGCCGGAGGGCGAGCGCAUCGCGGAGCGGCUGCGAGACCUGGAGGAGGCGUGGACCAGGCUGCGGGACGAGAUGGACAAACGCCAGGACAGACUGAACCACGGCCGCUCGGCACAGCAGUUCUACAACGACGCCGACGAGGCCGAGGCUUGGAUCGGAGAACAAGAACUGUACAUGAUCGCUGAGGACAAACCCAAGGACGAGCAGAGCGCCAUGUUGGCUCUGAAGCGCCACACCAUCCUCAAGCAGGCGGUGGACGACUACGGCGACUCCAUCCAGAGUCUGGCAGACGGAGUCCAGAAGAUGUUUGCCGAGGACCAUCCUGACGGGGAGAAGAUGCUGCGGCGUCAGGGUCAGGUGGACAAACAGUAUGCGGGCCUGAAGGACUUGGCUCAGGACCGCAACAGGAAGUUGGAACAUUGCUACCAACACUUCCUGCUCAGCCGAGAGGUGGAAGACUUGGAACUGUGGAUCUCUGAGCGAGACCUGGUGGCGUCUUCUCAGGAGAUGGGCCAAGACCUGGACCACGUCACACUGCUGAGGGAGAAGUUCCGGGAGUUUGCGCGCGAGACGGGCAUGCUGGGUCAGGAGCGAGUGGACCUGGUCAACCAGACCAUCGACCAGCUGAUCCAGGCGGGUCACGGCGAGGCGGCCACCAUGGCGGAGUGGAAGGACGCCAUCAACGAGAGCUGGGCCGACCUCCUGGAGCUCAUCGACACUCGCUCACAGCUCCUCACCGCGUCUUACGAGCUGCUCAAGUACUUUGACGACGGCAAAGACCUUGUGCUCCAGAUCCAGGACAAGCAGAAGGAGCUGCCUGAUGACGUAGGAGAAGACUUCAGCAAGGCCGAGUCCUUCCACAGGAUGCACGCCGCCUUCGAAAGAGACAUCAGCGCUCUUGGGAAGCAGGUGCAACAGUUCCAGGAGGCGGCAGGUGGACUGGGUGCUCAGUACGCAGGAGAACGAGUGGAGGACAUCCAGUCCACAGAGAGAGACGUGGUGGAGGCGUGGAAAAGUCUCCUGGACGCCUGUGAAGGUCGCAGAGCACGACUGUUGGACACGGCCGAGAAGUUCCGCUUCUUCUCCCUGGUCAGAGACCUGCUGGCCUGGAUGGAGAGCACCGUGCAGCAGAUAGACACGCAGGAGAAGCCCAGGGACGUGUCCUCCGUGGAGCUCCUGCAGAAAUACCAUCAAGGUAUUCGCUCUGAGAUCGAGGCCAGAGAGGCCAAAUUCAGCGAGUGCAGCGACUUGGGCACGACUCUGCUGGCCCGCAAACACAGAGACUCUGCGGAGAUCAUUGAGAAGAUGAGGCAGCUGCUGGACAAACGCCAGGAGAUGAUGUUGAAGUGGGACGACCGCUGGGACUGGCUGAGACUUUUGUUGGAGGUGUGUCAGUUUGCACGAGACGCCUCGGUGGCCGAAGCCUGGCUGAUCGCACAGGAACCUCACGUGAGCAGCAGAGACGUGGGACACUCGGUGGGUGACGUGGAGAAGCUGCUCAAGAGACACGAGGCCUUCGAGAAAUCCACGGCCGCCUGGGAGGAGCGAUUCUCUGCGCUGGAGCGCCUCACCACGUUGGAGUUGUUAGAGCUGAGGAAACAACAGCAGGAAAUGGAAGAGUUUCUCAAAGAGGAGCGACGCCCGGACCAAGACCGCAGGAGUGAAGACACAGGUUUUGCAGAAACUUCUCAACUCUUCACCGUCGACGAAGAAACUUUGUCCACGGUCCCCGAGUCCGGUUCUGGCCUACCCGAGUCCGGUUCUGGCCUACCCGAGGCUGGUUCUGGCCUACCUGAGGCUGGUUCUGGCCUACCCGAGUCCGGUUCUGGCCUACCCGAGGCGGAGGAGACGGGCGAUGUCACGGCGGCCGUAGAGUCGGAGAUGAGAGAGAGCGUCUCUUUGGAGCUGGAGGCGGCGCCGGCUGAAGCGGAACGUGUGGCCACUUUGCCUUUGGAGACACAAGCGGUGCUGAUGGAGGGAAUGUUGGGGCGCAAGCAGGAUGUGGAGGACUCUGGCAGGAAGUCCUCUAAUAGGUCGUGGACCAACUUGUACUGCGUGCUGAAGCCCGGUCAGCUCUCGGCCUACAAGGACGCCAAAAGCUUCGGCCACGGCAUCACGUUUCACGGCGAGGACCCCCUGCUGCUCGGCAACGCCAGCUGGGACCUGCUGGCAAACUACAAGAAGAAGAAAAAUGUGGCCAAGCUACGCCUGAGCGACGGCAGUGAAUAUUUGUUCCAGUGCAAAGACGAGGAGGAGCUGCAGCGUUGGAGCCGAGCGAUGGCGAGGGCCCUGCAGCCCCUGGCGGAGGAGGAGGCGGCAGCAGCAAGGUUGUCCUCAGAGACCCCCAAAGCCCUCAGUCUGCCCCCGCUCACCUCCUCCCCCGCCAAGAAAGACAAAAAGUUCAGUCGCUUUGCCAAGAAGAAAUAAAAAAUAUCUUCAGGGGCUCGCUGACACGCCUAUUUGUGUACAAUCUAUUGGAGCACGCUCUAUGUAGGCAUUUUUAAUCUAUAAAACAUCUUGUUAUAUUUGCCUUUUUUUGUUGAACAAUUUAAAGCUUCUUUCACACUCAACCAAAGAUUGUUGGCGUUACUUUUUUUGUUUGUUUUCCUUUUAACUUUGCAAUAUGUGACCAACCUUUCACACACACGCUUCUUAACUGUAACACUUUCAUAUUAUAUUACUAUUAUAUUUAUGUCAAGCGUGUUAGGGCCACACUGACAAGGACUAAACAAAUAUUGUUACUAGAAGUGCGGCUCAGGGGUCAAUUAAGCAUUUCUUCAGGGCGAUAAUAUGCAAUGUAAUGACACUUUUUUAUUGUAGAUUUUUUUUUUUUGAGAGGGGGCAAAAAAAGUU